AUGCGAUAUGCGGACUCGUGGCGUUCAUGCACUUAUGUUUUCUCGUUUAUAGGUAGUGAUAAAGCGCCCAUCGAGGAACAAAAUGGCGCGAAAACAAAACAACAGUCGGCGGUAACGAAAACGGCAACGAGCGCGUUGAACGACAACGAUACUAUAGCCGCUCGCAGAAGGAACGCUACAUUGAUUCUGGAAUGUUCGAAGAUAUGCCCGUUCCGAUGGACGAAGAACUUGUACAUCUGCUUCUACUGCGACCAGCAGUUCUCCGAUCCGGCGAUUCUGAGGGAUCACAAUGCGCUUGACCAUGCGGCCCCGUCGCCGGUGCAGAUAAAGUGCGAGCUCUCGAAGCAGAAGAAGCACGAGCUGAUCAAAGUGGAUGUGACCGACGUCAGCUGCAGGCUAUGCAGCGAGCCUUGCCGCGAACUAGCCACUCUCAAGGGUCAUUUGGUGCAGGCGCACGGGAAGCAAAUCGACCCCGGAUCUGGGGACGGCCUCCUCCCCUUCAAGGUGGCGAGGGACAGCUACCAGUGCGCCCUCUGCCAGCAGCGGCACGACGAGUUCAAAUCCCUCAACCACCAUAUGAACGUGCACUUCCAGCACUUCAUCUGCGAGCAGUGCGGCGCCGGAUUCAUCACGCCCGACCGCCUGAGGACCCACUCGCAGUCGCACGGCACCGGCGCCCACCCGUGCGACGGCUGCGACAAGGUGUUCCGCUCGACCGUCGCCAAGAACGAGCACUACGCGACCGUCCACAGGCGGGUGAAGCGUCACCGCUGCCCGCACUGCGCGGAGGCAUUCCGCAACUACUUCCAGCGAAACAAGCACGUGGCCUCCGUCCACGGGCUAAAACUCAAGGAAUUCAGGUGCAGCCUCUGCCCCAAAGUGUUCACGCUCAGCGGGAAGCUCGGCGUUCACGUGCGCACCGUCCACCUGAAAGUUAAACGGCACUCGUGCGACGUGUGCGAAUGGAAGUUCUACUCGAGGUCGGAGCUGAGGGAGCACAUGGUGCGGCACGGCGGCGAGAGGAAGUUCCAGUGCGCCGUUUGCCGCAAGUCGUACGCGCGCAAGUACACGCUGCGCGAGCACAUGCGCAUCCACGAGAACGACAGACGCUUCGUCUGUCAGGUGUGCGGCCGCUCCUUCGUGCAGAACUGCAGCCUGAAGCACCACGCCAGGGUCCACCACCCGGCCGCAGCGAAGGCGGACGCCCCAUUUCGGGAAUCGAUCUCC